ACGCUUCAAAACCCGUGUAAUUCAUUAUAGAACGUAAUUUCUCUCACGUACUUUUUAGUUUCGACAGCCAUGUGGAGUUAAAAAAGCAAUAAAAGCAUUUGCCCCCACCCCUUCACCAAAAAGAAAAAACAAUCGAGGAGAAUGUAGGUUAAGUUUAUCAUAUGUAAGUACGUCAAACAGCAUUUGACGUACCACGAUGUUGAUCAAGCAUGACGAAGAGUAUUACAGACAACGAAAACCCCAACCAGAUUUGGGUGUCAUCGAAAACUUCAAACGAUUCCUUUGGGAUUCCCAGAGACGAGCUUUCCUCGAUAGAACUGCUCAAGAAUGGAUGAACGUGGGAAUCUUCUACCUGUGCUUCUACGGCGUACUUUUCUCGUUCACCGCGUUUCAAAUUUGGCUGACGUACAAGAACGUAGCUUGCCGGAGCAAGCCCUACUUCGAGUUUGAUAAGCCUCAAUUAAGGAAAGCUUGGUUGGAGCCAAGUCGGCAAAAUAAGCCCAUCUUGUCGAGUUUGCAUGGACCCGGUAUCGCGUUCAAACCAAACAUCUUGACUAACGGACACUCGCCCCGUAUACUUAUCGACCGGUCGACGGAUAUGGGUAGACCGCAAAAGUACGUCGACGAAAUAGACAAGAUCCUGAAAGGGUACAAGAUCGACAGGUCAAAGUUCGCUCCGAAUUGCGACGACAGAUCCAAGGAUCCCGAGAAGCCUUGCUUCUUCGACAUCGCAACUUUGGGACAUUGUUCGCAACCGCCCUUCGGAUACGCUGAACGCGCGCCUAAGCCUUGUGUUUACUUCAAGAUAAACAAGAGAUACGGAUGGUCGCCGAUACCCUACGGGCAGGCUUCCAUACUGCCGGAAGAUAUGCCGGACUGGCUGCAGAGCAACAUACGUCGAUCCGAGCAGCUUCACGUGUGGCUGUCGUGCGAGGGUAAGAGCCCGGAAGACAAGGCGAAACUCGGCGAGAUCGAGUACCUCCCGAAGCCCGGUUUCCCCGUCAACUUCUUUCCAUUCGACGGGCAAAGGAAUUAUCUAGCGCCCGUAGUAGCUCUGAGCUUCAGCAAUUUGUCAGUUGGCGAGCAAGUGACCGUUGAAUGCAAGACUUGGGCUCGCAACAUCGACAAUGAGGAUCGUUACAAUCUAAACUUCAAAAUAAUGCUCAGCAACUCGUAGAUAUAGUCACGCGAUUGUUUACUCGGA